AGUCGCCGGAAGCACAAUGGCGACGCUUGGCUUUGUGUAGCAACGGUGCAAAAAAUAUGAUAUGAAACCUUGAGUACAAUGAGUGUUUCUACCUCCUCAGAACCAUCAUCUGAAAAAGUUUUAGAUAGGAGUAAGUUAAACUACUGGGUGCAGCAUUUGGCCAAAAUUUUAAACAAAAACCAGAAAAAAGUGAAUUAUGAAGAUGUGCAUCAGAUUCGAUUUGCCACCAACAAACUGCUUCACGUCAUUCAACAAAUAGAAAAACCUGGCAAAGAUGCAUUCGUCAGGCACUCAUUGGCCAUGGAUACACUCAUAACUAUUCUACAGGUUGUCACAUGUGAACAGACACUAGGCAAUGUGAUCAACAUAUUUCUGGAUAUAGUUGGCAAGCAGCAGCCAGUAAAGCGAGCAUCGCUACUGGUCAGUCAUGGCCUAACCACUGUGUUGUUUCACAUUCUCAAGCUGACUCACUCAAAUGAUCUGGUACUUGGUGAUGAGAUACUCAUUGCGAUACACACUUUGCUCAGUCGCAUAGGCCACAAAGAUCGCAAAUUUGCUGUGAAGGCUCGGCUUCACCAGAGCUUGAUGGUGACAUUAAACUUGGUGAAGACUCACUCUCACAACUUCAAAAACCUACAGCCUCUCCUUCAAGUUCUCAAGUUUUAUACCAGUAACAGUGUGAAUGCAUCUUAUCUUGGUAAACACAAUGCAAUCAGUUUAAUGUUUAAAGUCAUUAAUUCUUGUGGUAAAAGACACACAGUAGAUUUACGACUAGCGCUAGAGAAUUUAUGUAACUUGACCAAAUCAAAAAGUAAUUCUGCUAGACUGAUCAACAUUGAUGGCAUCCCAAUACUCCUUAUACUUCAUUCAGACUGGCAACAGCAGGACAGCAAACAAAGAUACCUGGCCAUUCGACGUUCAAUUUUACUCAUUUUAAAAAACAUCACUAACUUAAGAGCGGGUAGGAAAGCAUUUGUUGAAGCCAACGGUAUUAGGACUUUAUAUGAGAGUGCCCUAGAAGCAAGUGACAGCCGAGAUAUGGAAAGUUUGAUUCUGUUAGCCAGUGUGAUUCUGCGCAAGUGUUGCCCCAGGAACAAGUUGCCACUAAAGUCAACAUUCAGCCCUAUCAUAUUUCCUCUACCCUCAUCAUCAACACAUGUCCCAGAAUGCCUGAAUUUGACAAGUUGUUCUGGAGCAGUUUCUUCCUCUACUGGACAUACGUCAUUACUCAGGUCUGAUGAAGACUUCUCCCAGGAGACAUUCUUAGCUUCCAAAAUACAACAGAUCUGUGGUGCAUUUUAUAACUUAGUUUCACGUGGCAGUAUUGGCAGCCUUAACCUGAAUCUCAGAGCCAGGGAUGAUAGUGAAAACUCUGGAGAUGAUGAUGAAGAUGACAUAGAUAGUGAUGAUGAAAGGUUUCGAACAGACCCAGAAGAGCCAGAUGAAGAUUUGCCGACUGGACCAGAAACUGGAGAGAAAAGAUCACCAGAAGACCUGCACAUGUACGAUUCAUUCUUUCCAGAAAUUGGGGACACAGACUUUACAGUGAGUUCACUUUCAGCAUCUGCCACAUCAUCCAUGGCCACCCAGGCAUACACUGACCUCCAUAGAUCCCAUUCCAGUUUUACUAACCCAAGUUUGAAAGCAUUGAGUUUUAUGCCCAUGAAGCAUGUUUCCUCUGAUGGAAACCUGUAUAGUAAACUCAGAAGUGACCUUCAGCAUUCAUCUUACUUUUACCCUCCCCAUUAUUACUCAGAUAAAGCUCUCAACUUUGAUGAGAAAUGUGUCAGCGCCAUUAAUCUGAAGACAGGCUCUGCCGUCAUAUCUCUGGACAUUGGGCGCCCAAACACCAGCUCUGCCAAACCUCUCAAGAGCUUGAUGAAAGGGAAGCACAGGAAAAAAUUACCUCCCCCUCGACGCAGUAGAAAGAUGGUAGGCCCUCGAAUGUCCGAAGCAGUUCUAGACAGCCCUCUUCCAUCAUCUCUGUUAAUGUCGACAUCAGAUGACAGCGAACAGUCUUCCAGCAGUUUUUUUGAAGAGUAUGAAGAAGAGUAUUGUGAGUUCCCCCAUGAUGCAGACUUGUACAGCCACAUAGCCAAUCAAACUUGCAGUGCUUACCGCUUCCAGAAGUUAUCUUUCCCUGACCUGUAUGGCAUCAAAGGUCUAUACAAAACAAUGGAGUCUUUGUAUGCCAGGAAGUUCGGAGUUCAGAGAUCAAAAAUAUUUGAAGACAUUGAUAGAAUGAUACAUGCUGAUCAGCUGAUUGACCUGGUUGUUUAUGAUUAUGAUAAAAUUGUUGCUGGCACUGAAGGCAGCAUGGUAGAUAAAGUGAAUUUGUGCAAUAAAGAUGAACUCAGGCUGGGUUUACUUGAUUGCCACUCCGAGGCACUGAAAUUCAACUCUCAGUUUGAAUGUGGAAAUCUGCGAAAAGCUGUUCAGGUGAGAGAGCACGAGUAUGACCUGAUCCUGAACCCAGACAUCAACUCUAACCAUCAUCACCAGUGGUUUUACUUUGAGGUCAGCAAUAUGAAGCAGGAUAUUCCCUACAGAUUCAACAUUGUUAACUGUGAAAAACCCAACAGCCAAUUUAACUUUGGAAUGCAGCCGCUGCUAAUGUCAGUGAUGGAGGCUCUGGAAGGCAACCCAUGUUGGGCUCGGGUAGGAACAGACAUCUGCUAUUACAGGAACCAUUUCAUCCGUGAUGCCAACACUGCAGGUGGUGUGCAAGGGAAGUCUUACUACACAGCAACCUUCAACAUCAAGUUUCCGCACUCUGGUGACGUCUGCUACAUCUCUUACCAUUAUCCUUACACUUACUCAGCCUUGAUGACCCAUCUGCGUCAGUGGGAAAAACAGUAUGACUCAAGUCUGAUCUAUUUCAAGAACCAAACAUUGUGUAAAACUCUGGCAGGUAACCCAGUACCUCUACUGACCAUCACAGCACAGCCUCGCAGUCUUGACAAGGAGGCAUUGGAAGAAUUGCGCAAUAGACCAUACAUCUUCUUGAGUAGCAGAGUUCAUCCAGGGGAGAGUAAUGCUAGCUGGAUUAUGAAAGGAACCAUAGAUUUUUUACUGAGUCGCAAGCCACAAGCUCAGAAAGUCAGAGAAAUGUUUAUUUUCAAAGUGGUGCCGAUGUUGAAUCCUGAUGGUGUAAUCAACGGCAACCAUCGUUCAUCUCUGGUUGGAGAAGAUCUGAAUCGAAGGUGGGGAAAUCCUUGCUCAGUUCUGCAUCCUACAAUUUACCACACCAAAGGAUUACUUCAGUAUCUCAACUUGAUCAACAAAUCACCACUGGUCUACUGUGACUAUCACGGGCACUCAAGACGUAAGAACAUCUUCCUGUAUGGCUGUAGUCCACACCAAAGCUGGAUCCCCAACGACACACAAAAUCCAGCAAGCCCCUGCAGUAAAUUCAUCGAGUCCUAUUACAAGCAACUUCCACGUCUGCUCCAUGCCAGCUGUCCAUCAUUCUCACUACAGAAUUGCAGCUUUGUGGUGGAGAAGGUCAAGGAAAGCACAGCUCGUGUGGUGGUGUGGCGGGAGAUUGGGGUGCUCAGAUCCUACACAAUGGAAUCGAGCUAUUGUGGUUGUGACCAGGGCAAAUACAAAGAUAUGCACAUUAAUACUGACAUGCUUGAGGAGAUGGGACAAAAGUUUUGUGAGACCCUAGCUCGAAUAUCACGACAGAGAGGACGACUUGACCUAUCGUCUAUUAUGACAGAUUCACCUCUUGAACAGACAGUUGCAGAAGAUUCAGUAGAUGAUCCAUCCUUCUCAGGUGCAUGUAGAGAGAUUCCUUUAGAAAGCAGUUCCAAGAAAAAGUCUGAUCCCUAUGAGGACACUGACUCUGACGAAGUGUUUGAUGAAGAUGAAGAAUUUAAUGAUGAUGAUGAUGAUGCUGUUUAACCCACAUACUACACAUUCUUAAAACAUUCUUCAACAAACAUCUGACAUUUUUCGGAAACUUUUGAGUACGGAAAGUUUUGAGUACAGAAAGUUUUGAGUAUCAUUUAGAAUUUCAAGUUUGUUUUUUUUUUGCAUCAUUUUUAAUUGCUGUGUAAGUCAGUUGUUUAUCUAAAUUAUUAUGGAAAAUAUAUAUGCAAGUAUUGAACUAUGGAGUUCCACUGCCUUUCGAUUCAAAUAAAUUUUAAAAUUCAUUACCACAUUUAAUUUUAUUCAUUGAUAUUAACUACUAUUAAUUUAAAUGAGUUUUUGCGUUUGUGAUAAAUAAUCUAAUUAAAGAUUUACUUUUGGACUAUUACUGACUUCAGCACUAUACAAAUUACUUAAACACAAUUUUAGCAGUCUUAAAUAGGCCUACUUUGUUUUAAUGUUAGAAGUUACAGGUUAAAAUUAUUAUUAAGUUGUUGGCUGUCUCCUAAAUUUGACACAUUUAACCAAUAAUUUUUAUACAAGGUCUUUGUGUCUUUUAGAUGUGACUUUAUAUCCAGAAUAUUGAAGAAUGUCGCUCUGUAUUUCUGUUAGCAAUAGACAUUAGUAUCAUUUAUAUACUGUAAAUAAAGAUAUUAUUAAACAUAUCUGUUCUUACAUUUAUAAAUUGCAGCACUAUAUCAGUAUUAUUGAAUCUACAAGAAUAUUGAUGGGGAUAAUUUGAAAAAAUUGAUUAAGUCUCUUAUAUGUACUAAUUAAAUAAGUAUUUUCUUCUUAAUAAAUCUGCAUUGAGUCAUUAAACCUGAGCUCAACAAUUUGAAUCUCAAAGAAGAGAAACAGGCUUUAAAUUGUAGGGUUAUGUCUGAAUUCUCCUUACAUAAUAAUGUCUUUAGAAUAUUUUUGUUAUAUUAUUUACUGUCUGUAGUAUUGUAUCUAAUGAAUGUUUUUUAUUGGCUAACCAAAGAAAUGACUGCAUUAAUCCAGUUAGUUAAAAUGUGUUAACAUCUACCAACAAGUGAAAUAUACUGCCACUGCCAUUCUUAGAGAAGAUGUUUGACACUACAGUAUUCCACAAGACAAUGGAUGGCUGCCUGGUCAUUCGGACUUAUCGAGGGUCCUAGGUUCAAACUCUGCCCGCUCCCAUCCCCCAUCAUCCUGUGGGACGUUUGGACUAAGAAGUAAAUUAUCUUCAACUCUAAAGGAACAUCCGAAACAUUUUUUUUAUUUUUACAAACAAUGAACCCAGAGGCUCUGUUGUUCUUUGAGAAUUAGUAACAAUGUUUUUAAAUUAAGAAUGAUUUGUGCUUUGCUUUAUUCCAUUGGCACAAAAUGAAUACUGCCUUCCAAUUUUAAUCCUGCCUAUCCCCUAAUUCAAUGUAAUGAUUUGGAUCUAGUCACUAAAAGCCUGUAAUAAGUAGCUGUAUAACAACUCAGAAGUAAUAAAAUAAUGUUCUGUAGCCUUUUUUACAGAAACACUUGAAAUUAAAAUGCUAUUUUUGUUAAAAUGUUUUAGUUGUCUUUUUUUAAACUACUGGUGAACAUUGCAAAAUUUUUUUUUUUGCUGGUUGACUUUCUGUGAUCAUAAGUAUAGUAAGUAAGCUAUGCCAUCAUGUACACAAUUCUCCACCAUGAAAUGAUUCAUUGUGAACUUCAACCUUUUUUUACAAAGCUUAUAUAUCAACUCUGUCAGUCCGUCUGUCUGUCUGGUAAAAUGUUUUUUUUCUCCCACUUUCCAGUGGAAACUUUACAUAAUUAUUCAUUGUACCUGACAAGACAUGAAUCAAUCAAAACAUUAACCUAUUACUUAAUUGGUGAUUAAUUAUUUUGAUGAUAUCAAAAUAAAGAUGUAUUAUAUAUGGAUUUAAUCCCCGUAUCCCUAUCCCCUAAUUCAAUGUAAUGAUUUGGAUCUAGUCACUAAAAGCCUGUAAUAAGUAGCUGUAUAACAACUAAGAAGUAAUAAAAUAAUGUUCUGUAGCCUUUUUUACAGAAACACUUGAAAUUUAAAUGCUGUUUUUGCUAGAGAAAAACAAGACUGAAAUCCUUUUUAUUUACGAUAAAAUAAACAGACUUAAUUAUUAUGGAGUGAAUGUCUUGUCCUUAACUUUUCUAUGUACUGAAAAUGUAACUGUGAUGUUUAGCUGCAAAAUAUAAAAAUUCACAUAAAUUAGCCUUUUUGAAAAAAUAGUCAUCAAGUUUGUGCAUGUUUAAUAGGGAAAUAUUUGACGGAGGCAUAGUAAUUAUGAAGUAAUGUAGAUAAUCCACAUUUCAAUACUGAAACUCAAAUUGACCUACAGAUAAAAUACUGCUCAUUUUAUGGUGGAUGGUCUUAAUCAUGUUUCAAAAGCAAAGCUUGUGUAGGCAGAUUAUUCAUUUUGAAACUAAAAAAAAAUAUCUACUUUAUUCAUGGAAAAGAAACACGACUUUAAAACAAGUGUAUGUUAAAUGAGUACCAGAAGAGCAUGAACCCAGAGGCUGUGUUGUUCUUUGGAGAACUGAGGAACAAUGCUUUUAAAUUAAGAAUCGUAUUUGUGUUUUUCAUCGUGACAAUUACAUUCAGGAUAUUCUACAGAGGCAUUAAAAGCUUCCACUGUUUAAUAUUAAAUAAACUGAACCAUGAUAUCAACUUUAA